CGAGUGCACUGCAAGAAGAAGCGGGUCGUUUUUAAAGACCUCGGGGUGCGUCAGUGCCGAACUCAUCGUUUCUGCGGUAUUUGUGCAGCUUCCUGGAGGACCACCUUCGCGAGAUCGCACGGCGUCUUUCCCUCGUUACCAUCUCCCAGUCUCCCUCUCUCUCUAUUUGGUUCAAAUGUUGCCUCAAAGUGGCUGGCGCCGAAAGAACUCGUCAGGUUGUCCAGGGAGACGGACCGACAGUCGGAACUGGAGCUUACCAGGAAUAUAAGCCAGUUACUCGAGAACUUGCUAGCAAAUUAUGAUAAUAACCAACGACCACAUCAAGGGGUUAGGCCAACGCAAGUGACUGCGAAUAUGUUGAUAAGAAGCAUGGGACCCAUCUCAGAACUGGAUAUGGAGUACUCGAUGGACUGCUAUUUCCGGCAACAGUGGACGGACCACCGCCUGCGAUUCGACGGACCCAUCAGCCCAAUCAGCCUCCACAUCAAGAUGCUGGAGGGGAUAUGGAAACCGGACACAUAUUUCCAUAACGGCAAAGGCUCCUACCUGCACACCAUCACGCAACCCAACAAGCUGCUAAGAAUAUCACGAAACGGGGACGUCCUCUAUUCCAUGCGGCUUACAAUCAAGGCUCGAUGCCCCAUGCAGCUCCAAAGCUUUCCCAUGGAUCGCCAGUCGUGUCCCUUGGCUUUCGGAAGCUACGGUUACACGGCGGACCAGCUUGUAUACAAGUGGGAUUCAAGAGUGGCUGUCGACUUGAUUCCAGGACUCGCCUUGUCUCAGUUUGAUCUUAUCAACUACCCUUAUCGUAACUCUACAUUUGUCUUCAACAAUGGGCUGUUUUCAGUGUUGCACGUCAACUUCAACCUUCAGCGUCAUAUGGGCUACUUUCUCAUCCAAGUGUACGUGCCUUGCAUCUUGAUCGUCGUUCUCUCGUGGGUCUCUUUCUGGAUCAAUCGGGAGGCCACGGCCGACAGAGUGGGUCUCGGCAUCACCACCGUGCUAACGCUAUCCACCUUCGGCCUGGACACGCGCACCGAUCUUCCCAAGGUUCCAUACCCGACGUCCCUCGACUGGUUCGUCAUCAUGUGCUUCUCUUUCGUCAUCUUUACCUUGCUCGAGUUCGCGGGCGUCCAUUAUUUCACCAAAGUAGGCAGCGGUGAGUUUCCCUGCACGCCCGAGCGGGAUCCGGGGUCUCCCGAAGACGAAGAUAUAAAGAUGGAUGACGAAGUGGAGUCACCGGAGUUCUUCAUCCCCGUACAUCCCAUCGACAAAUGCGUCUGUAAGAUAAACAGGGAGUGCGACUCUCAGAGCUUACAAAGCUCGCCAGUGUCCAGCAGAUACCUGGCGUACGUCACCGCUGCCCGAUACAGAAGACCGGCGAGGAGACGCUACAACUGCUGCGCCCAAUUCCUGCACUGCAUCACCGGGAACGAGAGGUUCCGCAACGAGAUGCGGAGCAGGGCAUCCAAGGGUACCCUCGUCAACAGCGUUUCGCAGAUAGACAGAGUAUCCAGGGUACUCUUCCCCGUCAGCUUCAUCCUCAUCAAUCUCUUCUACUGGUUCAGCUUCGGUAGAGACAGGCCAGAAGGAUGGGAGUCGGUGCAGACCACUUAACGUAGACGCUCCCUAUAGUGUUGUAAAAGUAUGAGAGCAUUCAUUCUGAGAAACACUUACACGAUGUCACGAAGUGAUCAGUUUUUUUAGGCACAAUCAACCUCAACAACACCGAAUAUCCUCUGGAUGUCCUAACGAAUUCGAUGUCCCUCCGAUAUUCCGAUGGAUAUCCCUCAGAUAUCCAUCGGGCGCACGUACGAAGCAGUUAGGACAUUAUCCGUACGUCCUGAGGAUAUUCCGUGUUGUUGGAGAAAACGCGUCUAAUGCUAAAAUGAAAAUAUAAUGGACAUCCUUUCUCGUGUUCUCACGGUCUAGCGCAUGCUUGGAAAACAAACAUUGAGUGGGUGCACAAUGUUCAUGAGUUAAGUUGAGUUGAUAAGAAAAGAAAAAAGAAAAAAAAAUCGAAUCCAAGGUCGUAUGCGCUGUGCGCUUGUGUGCAAGAAACUAGGACAGAGGUCAGUAAUUGGCAUGUAGUAUCCUUUAUAUAAGGAUGAAAUCUGCCAAUUAUUGACAGUUGCUUUGUCUGUGUCAGACAACGAGAAUAGUAAGCCCCGGAUCUUCUCUUCUUUCGUAUUCGUAAUCUGUCAGCCAAACUCCCAAAUACGCAGUUUCGUUAUAGUAGUUCUCCCGAAAAUUUGCAGCUUACGUACAUAGAUUUCUAUUACUGUAUAGGUGCCUCAAAAUAAGUUUAACUAGUGGUUCGACCAGACGUAGGCUAUCUACUGCUCACCAGUCAUCACUAAUAUAGCGCGCUUUAGCUAUCAGUAGGGAUACUGGUUUUUAUGGCACAUCAUUGAAUUGCACGAAAACCAGCAAAAACACGUGACCAUAAGAGGACAUUUUGCUUUGCUAUCCACUUCAAGUGAUAGGCAAACGGGUCACCCGCGAACAGCAUCUAUAGGAAUAUUAACGCGGAAGACGUAAGCCGAUUUUUCGUCAUGCCCUGUCAGGUAUUCUGGUGGUUAGGCUGUACACUAUUAUUUGGUUCGCAUGUCGCUAGCUAUGCAAAAGGCGAAAAGAGCAAAUCAUGAAGCGUAGUAUAUGUUUUAAAGUGUUUGCCACAUAUUGUGCGUGACCUCAGUAUGAUCCGCUACUACAGUCCCAGUCCUGGACAAGCGCUUCCUGUCAGAAUUGUUUUUUUGCUCCGGCAGUUGCCAUUUGAGAUAUUCACGAUCUGUUCGUCAUAACCUGAAAUGCUAACUGAGUCGGAAACCUCAGGUUCUAGUUCGCCACAUGAAUGAAGAAGUGGGCCGUGCCUCUAGAGCAGACAUGAUGUCAUGCAGCACGCCAACUGCGGUAAUCAUUGUGAUGUAAUGUAUCAUAGAGUGCAUGUGAUUUCCGCUCCCCAGUAGAAGGCAAGUAGCUCCUCUAACGGCCACCAUUGUAACUACCCUAAAAGUCACCUUUGCCGUGAAAGAAACAGCGCUUGUGCAGGGCUGUUCGUAGGCCAGGUCUGUCUUAUGUUGAAUUCCAAUGGCAGAGUCGGAGCAAGUGGCGCACUCCGCAGUGGAGAUAGAGCAAGUGAUCCGAAUCUGCGACUGGAACACAUGCGCCGAACUUGGAGUUUAGCCCUGGCCAAUCUUCCUUGGUGGAUGGCGGCCAGAGACGGAGGAAGAAGAAGAAGAUUGUACUCAUGUUCCCAUACAACGCCAUGUUUAGCAACAUCAAGGUCCUCUUAAUCUCCAAACGGUGCCCUGGUGAUGUCUGGCUUAUUGCUUUCUUCAAGAAACAAAAUUGCUAACGUACGACGCGAAAUACUAGUCACGGCGAAGACGCGUCGGGAAGCGGCCAUGUUACCGAAGCAGAGACAGGAAAUAAGAAGCACGAGCGACAAGUGACACGUCACGUAGAGUUCCGGUUGAAUCUGCCUAUUUUCGCGGAGCAGUCUGGGUUGCUCCCUGGAGCGACCUUGGCUCGAAUGCCGCUCCCAAGCUCCCAUUGGAAGACUCCAGAACUGUUCCCAAUCUGUCAAUGGAACAGACUUGCUCUCGGCAGAGCAAUAAAACUUGCUCUGGAAGCGCUCCGAAUCUGCCAUUGGAAUUCAACAUUAAGCAUUGAACCAAAAUGUUCCCUCCGAAUGUCCUCUCCCUUGAGAGUCUGACAUGUGUCCGUAUCUGCAGUACGGGAACAUGUGCAUCGUUUCUAAUAGAGUAGCACGUUUUAAUGAAAGAACGAGGACGCAGAAGUCAAUCCGUACCACGAACUGUAACGCCCACUAAGACAGUAGAUAACUUGUGCUGAUGUGUUUCUGCUGAUGUUACCUGUACCGUAUCAAAGCACUGAACACAUGCAUUACAGCGUAUCGAGAUCCUCCGGUACGUACAUAAUGUAUGCCCAAUUUCCUAUACGUAGAACUUGAUUGACACGUAGAAUGUGAUUCAUUGUACUGACUGUUCCCGUUUCCUGUUUGAACACGAGUAGGAAUACACGCAUGUCAACAAAUGUGUUGCUGGAAAACUAUACCACAAUGUGUUCGGAGAUUUCAUUCUAUAACGGGGUUUUUACUGUCAUUACAGAGAGAAGUAAAUGAAUAAAGUGGUUCAGUUUCAGGAGGAACA